GUGAGGGGUUUGCGUUGGCUGCUGUGCCCCGUGCGCUCGGGGCGGAAGGGAGUCCCCGGGAGCCGGGCUGCCAGGUUUACAAUCCCAUGUCUCUGCCCUCCGCCUCCAAGACCCCUCAUGCAGCAGCGCCUCCCGUUAGCAGAACUGCCAGCUCGCCUGCUGCCAUGGCUUCCAGGUCACCUUCCCUGCCGGCAGAGAGCAGAGCAGCGGGGCUGCAGCCGGCUGAGCGUCGCCCGAAGAAGAAAGCCAACGAUGUGCGUCUCUCUGCACCCAACCCCCGUGCCCUGGUACUUGCCAACCUGCUGCUGCUCCUGCCUCGUUGCCCAGGUUCUCAAGCGACAAGUUUAACCAAAAAUAGCCUGAAUCCCAACAGUUCUUUGUGGGAUCUGGAUUAUGAAGGACUAUUUCACGGUAAGAAAAUUCUCCCAGGGACUCCUGGCUCAUAUAAACUCUACAGCCUUCUUAGAAGUAAUGCUCUUGUAAGUCAUGAGGAAAGAAGAAGGUUGGUAACAAAUCAGAACCUGACUCAGAAAUCAAAGGAAGAGCAGUUAUCCUGUGACAUGCUCCUUAAGCUUUACAGAUAUGUGUUUAUGGAUGCCUUUGGACCUAAGCUUGCUUGGAGUAUAUUUCGAUUUCAUAACUGUGAUAAGGAAGUCAACCCACCCAAAAUUCAGAUCAACCCUCUCAAGCUGCUGCAAUCUAAACUGAAGCCACUGUUGUUAUACCGUGUGCUUAAGGUCCUCAGGGAUAUGGGAGUAUUGGCUGAGGCCCAGCAAUCCAAAGCCUUCUCACUGCUAAAGAAGCAAAUGCUUAAAACAAGGAGAAUGUUGUUUAAGUCUGAAGUGAAACAAAGUGGGCCGUGUCCCGAGCGCGCCCCGCACCUGACUCCCUGGCGUCCCGGGCACGACGGCAGCCGCUCGGUGGUCAUCGGCAGGGGGGAGGCCCUGAGGCUGGAGAGCUCCGCGACUUUCCACUCGCUGCGCAUUCAGGACGGAGGGGCGCUGGUGUUUGCAGAUCAGCAGCAGCCCAUCGCCUUAAGGGCCCGCUACAUCCUUAUUCAGGAUGGCGGGGCGCUGCACAUUGGCUCCCCGCGGUGCCCCUACCGCUCCCGGGCCACCAUCUCGCUGUACGGGAAGGCCACCGAGGGGCCGGAGGUGGAGAACUACGGAAAGAAAUUCCUGGGCGUGGACAGAGGAGGGACCCUGGAAUUACACGGGAGGAAGCCUCGCUCCUGGACGCUGCUGGACCAAACCCUGUACGCGGGCGGGCUCCCCUAUGGAUCCUACCAGUCCGAGAAGCGCUGGAGCAGCCGAGGCCUCAACAUCCGGAUCAUUGAUGCGGACACAGCCCAGGUGGUGGCCGCUGCUCGCUUUGACACGCACCUGCUGGCCGAUGAGAGCAGGAGGCUGCGGGAGUUUCUAGCCACCCAAGCUCCGGGCAAGGUGGUGGCAGCCGCAGUAGGAGACUCAGCCGCGAAGAGUUUGACUCUGGAGACCCGACUCCUCCUCAAGGAGCUUCUGCAUAGCAAACACAUCCUGCAUCUGGGGUACAGGCAGCCCUGGGCUCUGGUUGGGAUCCUUGGAGGUGGUCAGUUUUCAACAACAGAAGAUAGAAAACAGUAUCAAGGGACUGGAACAACUGGGAUAGCAAUAGCAGGAAGAGAUUUUCAAACCUAUGAAGGAAUCAAUUUUAGAGUCACUGCUUUCAGUGGAUGGGUAAAAGGAAUUCCUCAUAAUGGAUUUAGAGUGGAAGUGUCCAAAGGCAUAAUUCUUAACUUAGUGGAUGAGGUUACAAGUUGGCUACCUGGUGAUAGGAUAGUCAUUGCUAGCACUGACUAUUCCAUGCAUCAAGCUGAAGAAUUUAAUCUCCUUCCUUGCCCUGAAUGUAAAAGUAAUCAAGUGAAGAUUGAUGGCAGCCCACUUUAUCUUCAUAUCGGGGAAGUUGUAGAUGGCAUAGACAUGAGGGCAGAAGUUGGUCUCCUGACUAGAAAUAUACUUAUUCAGGGAGAAAUGGAGGACUCUUGUUAUGGACAAAAUCAAUGCCAGUUUUUCUCCUAUGACACAUUUGGAGGACAGAUUAAAAUCCAAAGGAAUUUUACCUCUGUUCACAUGGCAGGAGUGGAAUUAAAAAACAUGGGGCAGCAAAUACUGGGCAGCUAUCCCGUUCAUUUUCACUUGACUGGAGACGUGGAUGAGAAAGGAGGCUAUGAAUCCCCUACUUACCUUGAUAAUCUGGCCAUACACCACUGUUUCUCUAGGUGUGUUGCCAUUCAUGGAACACAUGGCCUUCUGGUGAAAGAUACUAUUGGCUAUGAUACUUUGGGUCACUGUUUUUUCCUUGAAGAUGGGCUGGAGCAACGCAAUACAUUUUACCACAAUUUGGGCCUCCUUACCAAGCCUGGAACAAUCUUGCCUUCAGACCGCGAUGAAGCCACAUGCCUCGCAAUGCGUAGCAAUGUCUAUGGGAAUUAUAUACCUAUACCAAGCACCGACUGCAUGGCUGUCAGCACAUUCUGGAUUGCUAACCCAAACAACAAUUUGAUAGAGAAUGCAGCAGCUGGUGCUCAGGAUGUUGGGAUAUGGUACAUCUUCCACCGGGUUCCAACCGGACAGUCUGAGGGACAAUACCCAGAAGCACAGGUGGAGUUUACUCCCUUGGGGAUAUUUUACAACAACAGAGUCCAUUCUAAUUUCAAGGCUGGCUUGUUUAUUGGAAAAGGAGUAAAGACAACAAAAGCCAGUGCUGAAAAUCCUCGAGAGUAUCUUACUGUAGAUAAUGCCAGGUUCCGCCCACAUCAGGAUGCUGACCCUGUAAAACCACGAGUUCCUGCCUUAAUUGAUGGCCUCAUCGCUUUUAAAAAUAACGACCAUGGGGCCUGGGCCAGGGGCGGUGACAUUAUUUUCCGCAACUGUGGGUUUUCAGACAAUGGAAUUGGACUCACCCUAGCUAGUGAUGGAACUUUCCCAACAGAUGAGGGUUCCAGCCUGGAAGUUGCACAUUCCAUCUUUGUUGGAGAAAGCAACAACAUUGGCUCCCAGGGAGGACAAAACAGCUACUGGGGAAGAGGGGCAAAUGGAGAAUAUAGAACACUACCCAGAAACAAGACGUUCCCUAUUCGUGGAUUCCAGAUUUAUGAUGGGCCUGUUCGGCUGGUGAAAUGCACUUUCAGAAAGUUUACUCCCACUGCGGACCGAUACUCAAGCGCCAUUGGUUUCUUCAUGAAGAAUUCCUGGCAGAUAAGCCCUCAGAACAACGUGUCCCAGAUCAGGAUGGAGAGAAGUGUUGGACUCAAGGUGUUUUUUGGCAGAUCAGGCCAGUGGUUUGGAGACAAUGAUAAUGAUGGUGACAAAGUUUCUAUUUUCCAUGACCUGGAUGGUUCAGUGACGGGAUACCCAGACACCUUCAUAGGGAGAGCAGACAACUACCUGCUUCGUCAUCCAGGAUGUCUUACUGUCCCACGGUGGAAUGGAAUGAUAUGCAGUGGGAAAUAUGCACAGCUUUAUAUUCAGGCCAGACGUCCUGAGAAUCUGACCUUAUCUAUUGCCAGAGCAACAUACCAUUCUCAUCCCCUGAGGCUGCAGGGAGUGAAUAGAGGAGUACCAUACCAACAGUACCAACCUGUAGUGAUGCUGGAGCAGGCCUAUACCAUUCAGUGGGAUGGGAGAGCACCUGAGGAUGUCAUUCUGUACCCAAUCAACUUCAACAGAGGAGACUGGCUGCACGUUGCAUUAUGUUAUCCCAAGGAGGCUGUUUUCACCAUUGUGGCAGACAUCUACCAGCGACAGACGGGGAGAGUGCACAAUGUAAAACACUACCUAGCAGCCCCUUCCUGGCCCAGCGUGCUCAACAGAACGGGCGAGCGGCUCUUCUACUUCGACAGUGCGUUGGGGUACCUAUUUAUCAUCCUCCAAGCUCAUGAAGCUCGAAAAGGGCACAGUUAUUGCUCUCAGCGAGGCUGUGAACGCAUUAAAAUCAUCACACAUAUGUCCUCGAAGGAUUCCUGGAGUUGUGCCCUGAACCCUUUCCUGGAGAAUAACAGGAGACCAGCUACACAGCACUCAAUGUCUCAGCGGCUGACUGUGCCUUGCAGCCAGUGUGGAGCCCCACAGGUUGCUAUCACUAGUAAACCCUCAACCAAAUAUGUAAGAAUCCAGAUCCAGUCGGUCAGUAGAGCUGACAUACAGAAUCACUCGAAGUCAGCUUUCAUUAAGAUAAAUGAUGAAAUUUUCCAGUUCAAUAGCCAGGGGAUAUUCUUCUUGGUGCUAGACGCAUGUUCAGGCGCAGUCGUGAGUAGGCGGCACUUUGACACAGUUAGUGCUAUAAAUGCUGCCAGUGCAAUAACUGAUUAUGUUCAAACAUCUGUAGAAGAGAGCUCAGUUGUUCUUGUGUGCUCUAAAGACGGGUCAGAAAUGAUGGGAAGCUCUGAAAUGUCUGUUUUUACAAGGUUAGGUUCUGCAAAGCCUAUUGUCUUCCACAAAAAAGGGAGUUUUGCUAUGCUUGGAUAUAAAGGACAGGCCAGACCCUCCUGGAUUAAAAUCCUUAACCAAGCUGCUAAUCAGAAAACUGCUUUUCUACAGCAUUAUGUUCCCUUGAUGUUGAGAGAAUACAAAUGUUCAGCUAACUCUGCAGAGUUUUAGAAUUCUUUCUGUAUCUGAACCACUUACAAAACAACUCCAGAGUGGCUGGGGAAAUCAGACAAUUUAAUCUUGCUGCGUUGUUGUUGGCUUAACAUCAGCCAGGCAAAUCCUGCAACUCACAGUGUAACUUUGGAUGGUGUUGUUUUUAUGGGUUUGUGUCAGGCUGAUUUUUCAUUUGUAUUUUUUUUAUAACUAAUAAAUAUAUUCUGAUCUUACAAAGUGUGGGU